AUGCGGAAGGGAAGUGGGAAGGGGAACCCCGACGCCCCUCAAGAAGGAAUGGUGGCGCCCGCGAGCGUCACCGCGUCGGUGUCGGCUAUCGACAAGGAUUUCUCCCGUCCCCCACAGUCCCACGGCCCCGGACACUCCGUCAUGCUCCGUCAACCUCGACGCCCACCAACUCGCGCCACCACGGUCACGCAACCACCAGUGCCGUCUCACCGUGACCCACUGACGAAGACCGACGAAACCGAAAGGAAUCCCCCCAGCCGAGGAGAACCUGGACAGCAGCCACGCGGGAGGGCGCAACCUCCACCGCCAGCUGCGGUGACAGACCGGACGCAGCUACAGGAGCAAACCAGGCCCCUCUGGCCCGACCGAGCCCGUCGGGCUCGUGAAGCUCCCGUGGCCGCGCUGCAGUCCACGCGUCGCCAUCCUAGCCACCCUCAGCAGGAGAAGCUCCACCAGCCGCCGGGAGCAGAUCUCGGGAUGCCAGAUCUGGCCCGCCCAAGCCCAGAUGGGCCCCAGACAGGCCCAGAUCUGGGUCAGGGCCGCGCCUCCCGCGCCGCCGCUGCCCACCCUGCUGCCCCGCUGCCAAGAGGCCGCGCCGCCGCCACCAGACCACCCGGAGCAGCGCCACCCGCGGUGCGCCGCCGCCGCCGACACCUUGCCCACCAGGAAGCACCACCGCUGGCCGGAGAGAGCCCCGCGCCUCCCAACCUAGCGCGUGGGUAA